CGGCACCAGGAGGGCGGAGGGAAGAAGAAAGGCCAAAGGGGAGCUGCACUGCAAGACGCCGAGACGUCUGGAAACUGGUCGCCACCGCCGCAUACGUGCCCCCGCCACGCCGCCAUCGUCCAACGUCAUCGCACUGGAUUUCGGACGCACGGCCACGCAUUUCCACGGGAGUGUCAGCAAAUCGGGGGAAUUCCCCACAAAGCUUGCGAAAUGCAUCGCAAUACAGCGCCAGGACCAACUACUAACUUAGUUCUUGUUUUCGAGGAGCAAGCCCGUGGUCUGCGUACGUCCAUCACACGUGACUCAAGAUGCGUGUGCGUGUGUGUGUGAGUGAGGGGGAAGGGGGCUGGCAACGCCUACUGGGCCCUGAUAAACGCUGAACUUUGGUCGAGCGCACUGCUGAGCCGAUUCCGCCGUCCGCCAUAAAACCGCAGUGGCCCCCUUCAUCGCUUCGGCGUUGCCAAAGACCAACCCCAUCCAAUGGAAUGGCGCGCACGUGGAAAAUAAAUGAGUGCAAACCGCGCGCGCGAGCGCAAAGUUCGCGGGAAAAACCGCGAACGGCCGGACGGCACGGCCACUUCGCGUUCGGUUUUCGUUUCGUUUCCGCGCGCACCCCGCUGCUCUGGGUAUUGGCACAGUUCUGAAUGGCAGCUCUCGCGCAGCAUUGCAGCGCGACCGAGGGGCCAGAGCAGCGGCCCGCUUGUUGGCGGCAACAGUUGUUUUCCGAUUGGUACCGUCUGGUGACCGCCGCGGCCCUCCCCUCCCCGCCCCGCCCCCGCAGGCUUAUCGUCCGUCUAAUGCCUCGGAAUGAAUUCUCAUCACCAUGUUUGUGAUGAUAGCGUCACUGGCCGGCCCAGCGGGCUGGCGUCGAACGGAGCUCCGUCCGCCCCGUCUCUCUUGCACCCCUUCCGGAAAACCCCGUGAGUGCGAGAGAGACAGAGCGCCGUUCGGAACCCCGCCUGCAGCCGCCGCUGUUUACUGUGUUUACGUUUUUCGCCUUGUCAAUUAGGCCGCAUGAAACGUCACUUCGGCCUUCCCUCGCGUUUCGGUCCGCGUCCCUCACUAAAGCACCCCCCCUCCAAACUAAAGUACUUUUAAUUGGCCGCUGAAUUAUUGCUAGUCGAAAUGUUCGGAAGGGGCAAAAAGUGAGUCUGCCUAUGUCGCGAUGUCUUCCCUCGGUGAUUCUCCACUGCUGGCUUGUGCUGCUUGUGCCCGUGGAGUCCGAGUCCACCUUCAUAAUUACUUUUAUUGUGGGAGCGACCCACCAAGGUCGUGAGUUGGCCGACGGCACGGACGGCACGCUGGCUGCACUCUCUCUGUCAUUAGCAGUGUCCUUCACAUCGAUCGUGAGGAUUGAAGGUUUGCUGUCGAAGAGUUGUUGGCGUUUGAUACGCCAAAUGGACCUUUUCCCGCGUCUUUAACAAAACACGCAGCCGCAGGGUCGACUUAGUUCGCGCUUGCGUCGUUUCAUAACCGAGAUAUCGAACUGAUCGGAGACUCGGAUUUCCGUGUAAACUCUCUUUGAACUCCGUAGAUCGAUUCUAUGAUACGGAGGAAUAUUGGGUAAGUUCUAGGAUCUCUGAGUAUUUAAUCGUUGCCAUAAUUAUCAAAAUAGAACACAAUGGCGGACUUUAAAAAUCGCUCUGCCGGAGGCUUGAAGUUCUUGUCAAGGCUACCAACCAUCAAAGCCAUGUUCCCAUUCCUACUAUAAAAAAUCGGAAUCUGAAGGCAUUUAUUGCCUCUUCCAAACUGUUUAAAAUAAGCAUUUUGUUAGAAAUAAUGUUUCAAAGCCACAAUGACCAAAAAAAGCCAAUUACUGAUUUUUUUUAAAUUUGUCAAAAGUUGUCGUUUUUGUAAGAUCAACUUUUUCCGGUUCGCGCGUCGGAGGUGGCGCGUAGUGGCAAGUGAAGAACGAACGAAAAGGUCCAAGCCGGCGUCAGCGUUGUCUCAUUGUCUUGCUUAAAUUCUCAAUUUCGAGCUGCUGGUAGUGUUCUUUUGAAGCACUUGCAUCGUUGAAAGUACCGUCACGAUGGCUAGUCACAUGGGAGUACGCAGAGUUGUGUUGGCCGAUGUAUGCCCUGGACUGGAUGACACCUUGAUUGUGGGCAUCAUAAUCGCUAGCCAAAGCGCCAAAACGAUCAACUCAAAGAAAGAUAACUCCCCGAGAGGUGUUUGGAACUUCACCCUUCGAGAUUCACCUGAGGACUACAUCAAUGUUACUGUUUGGGGAUCACCCGCUUUCAUCGAGAACUGCUCUGAGGAAUUUCAUAUUGGUGAUGUUGUUUCAGUAACAAAGGCCAGAAUAACGUUUCGUGUCACUGGAGGAGCUGAUGAUAAUUUCCGUCCCGACGUUUCAAGUCAGUUUCAGUUGACACUCUCGGAGGGCACAUCUGAAAUAAAGCAUCACAACUUCCCAGACAGUCCAAAUUUUCUGUAUUUGAUGCACAUUCCUACAAAGCAGUCUCUGGAUAUUGUGCCUUUGAGAGACAUUAGUGCAAGUAAUGACGCCAUGCUGGGAAGCUUUAUCAAUAUUCUUGUUGCUGUCCAAACUGUUCAGAGGGCCCGACAGUUAAAAGGGCGAAAUGGUCAACAAUAUGAGUUGCGGGAAGUGGUUGUAUUUGAUCAAACGAGCAGUGGUGUGUCAAUUCAGUUGUGGGACAAAGAAAUUAAUUAUCAAGCUUCGCAGUGGAAGCCAAGAGAAACAAUUCUUUUUAUGGCUGACAUCAAAAUGAAGUGGGACAUGAGUCGCGAAGCAUGUGUUCCUGAAGUUACUUCAAGGACAGUUAUUACUGUUGGUCCACAAACACCGGAAGCGGAAUGUCUGAGUGUAUAUGCUAGAGCAGCUCCUUUACAUGCAACAGCAAUUAUUGACCAUCUAGCAAGCAAUUUAGUAGAUGUUGGAAGUAUAAGGAAUGUGAUGUCUGUGAGGUCAAUCCUUUCUCGAGCUUGGGCUGAUUUAAACAUCACUAUGUCAAAUGAGGAACAGCAGUUCACAGCGCUGGUAUACAGUAAAAUUACACACCUUGAUUUACAUCAUGAAAAUGUUCUAUUGAUAAAGUGCACUUCUUGCAACUCACUGUCAUCCAGUGGAAACUCCUGCUCAAAUCCAGAAUGUCCAGUUGAGCAAGGAAUAGACAUUUUCAUACCAAAAAGGACGUUUAAUAUUCGAAUCAGUUUGUCUGAUCAUACUGGAACUCUGAAGAACUGCCGCCUUACUGCUGAAGCUGCUGAGGCAGUUCUUGGCUGUUCAGUGGCACAGUUUGAUGCAAUGUCACACAAUCAAAAGUCCGUGUUGUCAUGUAACUUUAUCCUUGAGAGGUGUGCUGCAAGAGUCCUAGUACUCAAGGCAUCUAAAGAUCGCCGUCAGCCUGUUGUGUCUAUGGUCUCUUGUACAAUUGCUGACAAUGGAGAGGUUGCCAGCCGCCUGCCACUUGUGUGAAAGUAACUUUGAUGCAACUGUAAGUCAAGAUUCCUGUUAUUGUCAAGAGCAGUUUGCCCAUCCUUGAUUAUUUUUAUUUAAUUGUUAUUUAUUGAUUUCAUUUUAUUUGCUUUUCCUCUGAUUCAAAAGCAAAAGAUAAAUACAAAAUUUUCCCAAUUCAAUAAAA